CUUGCUGUCCGCCCAGAGGCGACGGCCACUUUUAUUUGCCUGUAAGCCAGGAUACUGCCCAUUCUUGAUUGCGCAUUUAAAACAAUGGAAAGCUUUUUACGUGGGCCCAAUUCUACUCACCUUUUAUUGAAAGAGAUACUUGAGUUGCGGGAGCAUGCGGUAACCGAGGAGCAAGCGUGGGCCCUGUGUUAUAAGUUGUGCACGCUCUUAGAAGGCUGCUGGAAUGGCAACGUGCACUCAAACGACACACCGAAAAACCCGUCUUUACCGGGCGAAGAUGGCAUUGUCAUAUCCAGCGAUGGGGACGUUUGUUUUCAAGGUGAAUUUGUCUUCAGCAGCCAAAACAAGGUAGUGGCCCGACUUGGGCGCCUUAUUUACCACUGUCUUGACUGGGGAAUUGACGUUGACUCGGAGAGAGAGCUGAGCGAUGCCCUUGCGCACCUGUUGUGCCGGAUGAUGAAGAUCCCUUGUUCUGGUGCAGUGCGCCGAUCCAUAUGCACCCUCCAUGAAGCCAUUCAGACGUGUGCAGCUCGGGUGGGUGGUGAGGAGCAGGCAGCACAUCACUAUAAGGCUGUUAUCGCAUCACUCUUCUCGGAGGCCAUUGAGCUCUACGACUGCAUUCAAAGCAUCAAGUCAACUAGUAAGGGUCUUCAGGUAUUGUGUCAGUCAGACUCUUCAGGGUCUUGUCAGGAUGAUCCAGACAAGGUUUUUGCAUGGAGGCACGUGGUCCAGGAGCUACAGACAGGAGUGAACUUAAAACCAUGUCAGACAACCGUUCCACCAAGACCUCACCGCACACCAGAAGAGCAGUUUCCAUUUGAAAAACUGAACCAAGACAUCAAAUGCAAACGAUACUCUCUUAUCAAGUCUGAAGCAAGAGGAGGGCAGCCUUUGCAAAGGACAGAAGGGCAUCAUUGUCUUUUUGAAGCUAUUAGAUCAAGACCAAAACUCAGACCUGUUUCAGAGAGGAAACUCAGACCAAAGCCUGUGGAGGAGCCUUGCCUUCACGAACGACUGAUGACUCAGAUCCGCACCACUGACCCCAAGCUACUUUUUUCAUUGAGCAAGAGGCGUGUUGCUCAGAGAAAGGUGGAUUUCCGGCAGGUUUCUUCACACAGCAUCAAAACAUUGGAUUGUCAGGUCGGAACUCCACAUGCAUUGCCCCUCAGCUCAACAGCGAUUAAAUGCUCCAAGGAGCCCAUCUCAUGGGUCCAAAUUUCAUCCAGCCACAGAGUCGAAGGAAGGAAGCGACGUAUCCAGUCUUUCGGAAGUUACUCGGCGAUCAAGCAUUCUAGGAAGGGCUGCGAUGUCGCCAACGUUGGUGUAACUAUUAAGAUGGUCAUGAUGAAGGCGCAUCAGGCAAAGAUGUCGUCCAGCAAAUGGCAGGUGUGCUCCUGUUGCUUUAAGCAGAGUCAUUUCUUCACCUGGCACAACAGCUGCUCAAGAUGCUAUAGGGUGGUGUGUCCUCACUGCUGUGUAAAGAUGCAAGUGCCUAACAAAUGGUGCAUGGAGCUGCCCAUAUCAUUCUUCCGCCUGAUCGUGCUGAGAGCUGGUGGAGACCACAGCCAUUUCUGGAAGGAGCGUCUGUCAUGGGACUAUACAAAGGUCCCCAUGGUUCUGGAGCCACAGGUCGUUGGUUCCUGUUGUCAGCAGCACAGCCUGGCCAUGAGGGGCUGGCACUGCCAGGACAUCUGCACAGAGUGCCAGGCCAUUCUGGAGAAAGCCUGCCACUCAAGCUCUCCUCAGAGUCAUGCCACAGGGAGCCUAGAGAUUUGAUGGUGGUGAUAGUUAUGCAACUCUUUCAGAAUGUUGAUGUUCUAUUUAUUUUUUAUGUUGUGUUUUAUGUUGUGUACAAAUGUACAGUGUUUUUUUUCCGUUUCAAAAUGUGAGCUUCUUAUACUGUAUGUUUUGAUGUUGUCAUUAGUUUUUGUUUGUAUAUUUAUUUUACUGACUAACUAAUUGCAACUAAUAAAAUAUGGUUUUCUAU